UACCACCCACAAAUCUUUUAUAAAUUUCGAUUCUUUCGACCUUGCAGCUUCAUACCAACGCUAAACAAUAUCUUCUUCUUCCUCUUCCACAGUUUAUAUUUCCAAGUCUAAAAGCCAUGUCUCAGACUGUUGUUCUCAAGGUUGGUAUGUCAUGCCAGGGAUGUGUUGGAGCCGUGAAGAGAGUUCUGGGAAAAAUGGAAGGUGUAGAAUCAUAUGAUAUAGAUCUGGAGCAACAGAAAGUCACUGUGAAGGGCAACGUUCAGCCCGAUGCUGUUCUGCAGACUGUGUCGAAGACCGGAAAGAAGACUGCCUUCUGGGAAGCAGAAACUCCUCCAGCAGAAGCCGAAGCCGAAGCAAAGCCUGCAGAAGCUCAAGCUGAAGGAGAGGCAAAGCCUACAGAAACUCCAGCAGAGGCCGAAGCAAAGCCCACGGAAGCUGAAGCAGAAGGAGAGACAAAGCCCACAGAGGCUGUUGCCGCCGCGUAAUCGGUUUCCGCUUUGCUUCAUGAAUUGGUGUGGCUUUGUUAAAACUUACUGCAUUUUUAUAUGGAUCGUAGAAUAUGUAUACUUACUUCCCUUUAACACGGGAAGCUAGAAUAAGUUGUUGGGUGCU